AUGGACAACAUCUCGGAGUUUCUACAGUCCAUUCAUAUUGGUGCAGUCGUUGCAACUUUUCUUUUCAACAAUGGACGUAUUAUAAAAGCGGUGGACAUCUUUAACGAAUGUUUGGUGCUCCUUAACGGUAAAGCCCUAGAGACAAUCAAAGAACUUACCACACCACUUGUUAUCUAUGUAUACCAUAAACUUCUUGAUGGCUAUACUCUUAUGCACGAUCACACCCGUGCAAUAGAAUGUGGUAAAAACCUUCACGUGACACUCCACAAUAGUGGUCAAAAAGAAGAAGAAGGGAUGAUAUUACUAAAACUAUCCGACAUCUACUAUCAAAGAAGCAAAUACCAGGAAGCAAAACAAUGUUGCGAAAAGGCACUCGGCAUCCUGAUUGAGACUGGAAACAAUCACGGGGUUGGAAUAUGUUACGGAAAUCUAGGAACUGUGUUCCGAUCUGUCGGUCAAUAUACUAAGGCUGAAGAAUACCUUCAAAAAGCACUAGUGAUCAGCCAAAAAAUCGGUGACAAACAAGAAGAAGCAUCUACUUACGGAAAUCUAGGAACUGUGUUCCAAUCUGUUGGUCAAUAUACCAAGGCUGAAGAAUACCUUCAAAAAGCACUAUUGAUCCAGAAAGUAAUCGGUGACAGAAAAGGAGAAGCAUCUACUUAUGGAAAUCUAGGAGUUGUGUUGCAAUCUGUUGGUCAAUAUGCCAAGGCUGAAGAAUACCUUCAAAAAGCACUAGUGAUCAGCAAAGAAAUCGGUGACAAACAAGGAGAAGCAUCUGCUUACGGAAAUCUAGGAACUUUGUUCUUCUAUGUUGGUCAAUAUACCAAGGCUGAAGAAUACAUUCAGAAAUCACUAGUGAUCAGGAAAAAAAUCGGUGGCAAGAAAGGAGAAGCGUCAGGUUACGGGAAUCUAGGAGCUGUGUUCCAAUCUGUUGGUCAAUAUACCAAGGCUGAAGAAUACUUUCAAAAAGCACUAGUGAUCAGCAAAGAAAUUGGUGACACACAGGGAGAAGCAUCAGAUUACGGAAAUCUAGGAACUGUGUUUAAAUCUCUUGGUCAAUAUACCAAGGCUGAAGAAUGCCUUCAAAAAGCACUAGUGAUCAUGAAAGAAAUCGGUGACAAACAAGGAGAAGCAUCUGCUUACGCAAAUCUAGGAACUUUGUUCUUAUCUGUUGGUCAAUAUAAAAAGGCUGAAGAAUACCUUCAGAAAGCACUAAUGAUCAAGAAAGAAAUCGGUGACAUACAAGGAGAAGCAUCUACUUACGGAAAUCUAGGAACUGUGUUCCAAUCUGUUGGUCAAUAUACCAAGGCUGAAGAAUACCUUCAAAAAGCACUAGUGAUCAGCAAAGAAAUCGGUGACAAAGAAGGAGAAGCAUCAGGUUACGGGAAUCUAGGAACUGUGUUCCUAUCUGUUGGCCAAUAUACCAAGGCUGAAGAAUACCUUAAAAAGGAACUAGUGAUCAGGAAAGAAAUCGGUGACAAACAAGGAGAAGCAUAUGCUUACGGACAUCUAGGAACUGUGUUUAAAUCUGUUGGUCAAUAUACCAAGGCAGAAGAAUACAUUCAGAAAUCACUAGUGAUCAGGAAAAAAAUCGGUGGCAAGAAAGGAGAAGCGUCAGGUUACGGAAAUCUAGGAACUGUUUUCAUAUCUGUUGGUCAAUAUACCAAGGCUGACGAUUGCUUCCAAAAAGCACUAGUGAUCACGAAAGAAAUCGGUGACAAAGAAGGAGAAGCAUCAGAGUACGGAAACCUAGGAACUGUGUUCCUAUCUGUUGGUCAAUAUACCAAGGCUGAAGAAUACCUUCAGAAAGCACUAGUGAUCAGGAAAGAAAUCGGUGACAAACAAGGAGAAGCAACUGCUUACGGAAAUUUAGGAAAUGUGUUUCUUUCUGUUGGUCAAUAUGCCAAGGCUGAAGAAUACGUUCAAAAAGCACUGACGAUCUACGAGGAAAUCGGAGACAAACGUGGUGUUGGAGCCUCAUACUUAAAUCUGGGAAAACUUUGUCGAGAAUUUCAGCUUAAUGCGAAGAGUCAAGAAUAUGCUAAUAAAGCACUUGAGAUAAGUUGCGAAAUAGGGGACAUUGAAUUGCAGUUUGACAGCCACCUUAACAUCGCUCUGAACGUUUUAGUGGCAAAAGGAAGCAUAAAUGAACUACGGCUACGGAACUAA